CUCUGGCAACACUUGGCAGCUGCCUGUAAACUUUUCAAGUUACCCAUCCUUUUGGAGACGGGUAAUAUCAAAGGGCACUAUGGAUUACAAUACAUGAGGAGUGUUUACAGCCUGGAAGAUUAUUUAUGUUUGGCUUUGCCUCUAUAGUCACACAUCCAAGCUAGGAGAAAAGGAACACAGGAACCCUCUCAUUAUCUUUUGAAAUAUGAAGAUCAGAGGAAAACCUGGGUUUAACGUGUGGAGUGAUGGUCCUAGAAGCCUGCUUAUAAAUUAGAAGCCAUCCUACCUCUAUAAUAACAGAUCCAGGAGCAGAGCUGAUAUCCAGACACAACAGCGGCUUUCUGGAAUCAUUACUGCUGCUACAAAAGAAACCUUGGGCGUAUACUACUGCUCUGACCACAACAAAGAUAUAUCUGGUCCAUUUGGCCUUCUCAUCAAUGGAUUAACUCUGUAGAGCCCGUGUUGGACGUUGGCACAGCAUCACUUCAAAAUGGGAAGUAAUAGCGACGAGGGGCUACUGAACAGGAUCUCAUUCUCAGGGCCAGCAUCCCUCGGAAACGGCCACCCCAACCCUCAUGGGUUACCACUCCGAGAACCAUUUGGUGUUCCUUUCCAUUUUGACCCGGCAUACUGGGACCACCAAGCCUACGGUGGAUAUUCAGGAAGGUUCUCUUACUUGCCCUUUUCUGGGUACGUAGGAGUCUAUGACUACUCUUUUGAGCCUGCCUUCAUUCGAAAGAGGAACGAGAGGGAGAGGCAACGGGUUCGUUGUGUGAAUGAGGGCUACACGCGCCUCCGAGACCACCUGCCCAAGGAGUUUGCUGACAAGCGUCUCAGCAAGGUGGAGACUUUGAGAGCUGCCAUCACUUAUAUCAAACACCUCCAGAACUUGCUGGACCAUCAGCCUUUAGGGACAAUUCCUAAAAUAGCAGUCCCAGCUGCGGAGGCCGCUGGUGCUUCUGAUCUUAGCUUAAGAAGGGAAUGCAACAGUGAUGGAGAAUCGAAAACUUCAUUAGCUUCAUCGCCCUAUAGCGAAUUUGAAGAAGUCUGCAGUUAAGAAAACAUCUUCAGAAAUGGACACCUUCUUCAAGCCUGCCUUUUAACUAUUAUUAUUAAAGAGCUACAUUAUUUUUCAAAGGACAAAACUAGUCCCCAGCAAAGGGAUGAAAAAGGUAUCUUCAUUACUUGUUCUGGUCAGUUUUGGGCCAUAGGGAGAAAAAAAUCUGUAUUCUUCCUAA